UUUGUUUUUGGAAUGUGCACGGCUUGACUCAAAAAGAUGGUAGCUCUAUCAAAAAAUUCCAAUAUUUAUUAAAAUUUGAUAUUUUCGCAUUGGCUGAGACGUGGAUGACAGAAGAUCAGAUAGAUGAUGUUGUGCCUGAAUUUAUCAAAGAAAAUUACAAUAUCCACUAUGAACCAGCAAUUCCAGGAACUCGUCGUAAUAGUGGUGGAAUAUUAAUCUGUGACCGAAAAUCAAUCGACAACUUUGAUUAUAUAGACUUCGUACCAAAAUCGAGCGAUAUAAGUGUACUGAAAUUCGGAAUUGAUGAACAACAUUGGCAGUUCAUCACUGUGUAUAGUAGGCAGAAUAGAUUUAUUAGAGACAUCUAUCACCCAUUGAAAAGUAUCAUGGAAGAGAGUGGCAACGACGAUGUCUUGAUAAUGGGAGAUUUUAAUAUCCGUAUUGGAUCUGUUGAUGGCAAAACAUCUCAAGAUAAAUUGAAAUCUAGAUAUUCGAGAAUUCUCAGGUUUAAGGAUGAACACUCUUUAACGUUUCUAAAUGGAACACUAAGUGACUCACGAGGAAAAUUUACUAGACAUAGUGAUAAGAUGAGGAAUACUGUACUUGAUUAUAUGUUGAUUAAAAAACAAUCUACUCACUAUGUAUUCGAUUUUGAUGUAGAUGAUUCAAUGAGAUUAUCUGAUCAUAUACCAUUAUGUACAAAUAUAAGCAAUGUAUCUACAAGUACUACAACUAGCAAUACAGAGUACGAUGUAUCUACAACUAGUGAUAAAGAGGACGAUAUAUCUACAACUAGUGAUAAAGAGGACGAUGUAUCUACAACUAGUGAUAAAGAGGACGAUGUAUCUACAACUAGCGAUGAACAGGGCAAUGUAUAUACUAGGUAUAGACAGAACAAUAUAAGUAAUUCCCUCAUAGGAAUAUGUGGUACAACACUUUUGCUUAUUGGAACUAUGUUACUUUCCAAGAAAUAACAUUAAAUUAAUAAUUUUCCUACAGAUUUAAUUAUAAUUAUUGUCUCUACAAUAAAAAAAACACACUAUUUUAGACACACUAAUAAAAACUAUGUUCAUUACAAAUUCAUUAUCUAAACAAUUUUGAAGUUUAAUUUCAAAAAUGACAAGUCCUAA